UCUGUAGCGUUCGUAGGGCGGCUCAGUUCUUCGCGAUGUUCCCUAGGGUGCCCGUGUUUCUGCUACCUUUUCGUCCUUUCUCCUGCCGUCCUUUGUCCUCUGGAACCCCGGAGGCUUCGGUGGCUGCGAUUGUGCCACUCGCUACUCCUCCUGGAACAGUCAGAACAGAAAAUAAUAUCCAAAGAUAUUUUGGCACCAGCAGCGUGAUCUAUAACAAGAAAGAUGAGCAGUCUGUUCCAACUGGUGAAGUUUCCAAGACGACUUCAGAGAGGCAAGACAGAGUCAAGGAUAAGAUGAAAAAAGACUUGCUGGACAUUAUUAAGGAUAUGAAAGUUGAAUUGAGCACAGUAAAUGUUCAAACAACAAAGCCACCCAGCAGAAAACCUUAUAAAAGUUUGGAGGCUAUAGCUGGCAAGCUUCAAAGAGCUACAGAAGAUGCUCCAAGGAAGGG